CCAGCUUCCGCCCACGCUCCAGCCCCGACGACACGAUCCUUUUGGCCGCAUAGCUUCGGUUCUCCAAUGCCACUCUCCAGAUCCAGCCAUCCAUCUGGGGGGCGGAGCCGACGUCACUGGCGUGGCGGGAACGUAGCCGCCGUCGGCUAGUGCACCCCGGCUCGGUCUGGAGGGCAUCGACGAGAUGCGCAACGGACAGCGCGCCGCGUGACACGGAUGGGUGUGAAGGCUCGCGGUGAGGCGAUGCCGUCGUGGCUAUAUAGAAGGUUUGCGGGACGCAGCGGCAGGUCCAGGCGGCCGGACACGCAUUUAUGCCCCAUGCGUUGACGACUCGCCGACAAGACAAACGAGCACAUCACCCACCCGUCUCCAACGCAUUCGUCACGGCACGCACAACACACAGCCAGGCAGAAGAAGCAUGGGCUCCAACGAAACACCCGGCUGGCGGCGCCUCAGCGUGGGCGUCGUGGGCGGCGGCAUCGGCGGGCUGGCGGCGGCCAUCGCGCUGCGGCGGGCGGGCCACGAGGUGACCGUGUACGAGAGGUCCGACUUUGCGGGCGAGGUGGGCGCGUCGGUGUCGUGCGCGGCCAACGGCACGCGGUGGCUGCACGAGUGGUCGGUGGACGUGGCCCGGGGCGACCCCGUGGUGCUGCGCAAGCUCAUCAACCGCGACUGGAAGACGGGCGAGCCGGUGAGCGUGUACGACCUGGGCGACUACGAGGAGCGCUGGGGGCACGUCUACAACAUGUUUCACCGCCAGGACAUGCACCGGAUGCUCAAGGAGUGCGCGCUGGGGGAGGAGGGGGAGGGGACGCCGGCGCGGCUGGUGGUGAAGCACAAGUGCCAGAGCAUCGACGUCGAGGCCGGCGUCGUCUCCUUCGCCAACGGCGCCACGGCGCAGCACGACGUCAUCGUCGGCGCCGACGGCAUCGGGUCCGUCGUGCGCGGCGAGCUGGGCAUCCGGCCGGCCAAGCGGCCCGCCGAGCAGAGCUGCCUGCACACCAACGUGACGACCGAGGAGGCGGUGCGGGCGGGGCUCGUCGACUACUCGCGCGACGCGGCGCUCGAGUACUGGGGCGGGCAGGAGGGCAAGUGGGACAAGAUUGUGCUCUCGCCGUGCAACGACGGCCGCCUGCUGUCCUACUACUGCUUCUUCCCGCGCGCCGUGGGCGACUACGCCACGCAGGCGUGGGCCGGCGCCGAGGACCGCCCCGUCGAGGAGCUGCUGGCGCCGUACCCGGAGCUCGACGAGCGCGUGCGCGCCCACCUCGCCAUCGGCAAGGAGAUUCGCCCCUGGCGCCUGUGGCUGCACGACCCGUACCCGUACCUGGGCCGCGGCCGCGUGUGCCUGCUCGGCGACGCGGGCCACCCCAUGAUGCCGCACCAGAGCCAGGGCGCCUGCAUGGCCAUCGAGGACGCCGCCGCCCUCGGCAUCCUGCUGGGCCGCGAGCGCUUCCGCGGCGACGUCGCCGAGGUCCUGGCCGUCUACGACGAGGUGCGCCUGCCGCGGGUGACGCGGGUGCAGGCCGCCGCGGCCAAGGCGGCGUACAACAUAAACGAGCGCAUCGGCUUCUCCGUCAACAAGGACACCCCGACGUACAAGGUCGAGGACCCCAAGAAGAUCCUGACCAUUGAAGAGAUGAACGCGUACGACAUGUUCAAGGACGUCGACGAGCGGCUCGCGGCGCGGCGCGGCGUCGCCUUUACGGAAAAGUACGUCAGGGGGCUGCCGAUGGGGCUGAAGCUGCCGAGCGGCAUCACGGUGGGGGAGUCGGAGUAGGAGUGGACGGCGGCAGUGGCAGUGGCAGUGGCAGU